AUGGCUCCUUCCAUCCUCAUUGUUGGUGCAACGGGAAAUACUGGUCGCAGUGUUGCUAAAACGCUGCCAAAGUUGCUGAAUUCAAGCAACACCUUGUCCGGGUAUCGUCUUAUUGCCCUUACUCGUUCUUUGGAGAGUCCAGCGGCACGGCAGCUUGCCGAAUUGCCCGGCGUUGAGGUGGUAGAGAAGAAUUGGGUCGAAAUCACCUCCGACUGGCUUCGUGAACACGAAGUAGCCAGGGCAUUCAUUGCGGCCCACAACGAACCGAAUCAAUUCGCCGAAGAAUCCACAUUUCACGUCGCUGCUCUCAAUGCUGGUAUCAAAUAUGUUGUGCGGAUCUCGACCACUGCCGCGAACGUCCGCCCGGAUUGCCAGGCAUAUUAUCCGCGACAGCAUUGGGCUAUAGAGCAACUACUGGAUUCGCCAGAAUUCAGCGGCUUGCAGUGGACUUCGCUUCAGCCGAACGUCUUUUCGCCAUUCUACCUCUCCACUGCCGCGGAGUUGAUCAAAAAGUAUCGUGAAACUGGGAAGCAGGAUACCCUCAGGUUGAUGGCGUCGAGAGACGCGCCAGUCGGCAUCAUCGACCCUGAUGAGGUGGGAGUUUUUGCUGCUCAUCUAUUGUCCCAAGAUGACCCUACUGUGCACAAUCAUGCCAAAUAUGUUCUCAAUGGUCCAGAGGAUAUCACUGGGCAACAGACUGUGGAUUUGGUAGAGCAGCACAUUGGUACACAAAUCAAGGAGGUUAUUUAUAAGGAUGUGUCGUUUGUCGACAUGCUUUAUGAGUUCAAAUUCGCGCCCACCGGUCAAUCAAAGAACGUUGUCUUGUCUAUCAAGAAUGCCCCCGAGACUGCGUGGGAGGGAAAAUGCUCAGCCUCUACCACCAGCCGGGAAGUACUAGACCUUGCGGCGCCAAAGCGUACACCUGCUGAUGUUUUGAAGACCCUACUGGACGUGUAA